AUGGCAAUCCCAGUUAUUGAUUUCUCAAAGCUUGAUGGUGAAGAAAGGGCCCAAACGUUGGCUCAGCUUGCUAAUGGAUGUGAGGAAUGGGGCUUCUUCCAGCUGGUGAACCAUGGAAUUUCAGAUGAGCUUCUGGAGAGGGUAAAGAAGGUGAGCUCUGAGUGCUUUAAACUGGAAAGAGAGGAGGAAUUCAAGAAGUCUGCACUUGUGAAGUCAUUGAAUGGCCAAAAGUUGGAGAACGUGGACUGGGAGGAUGUCUUCACCCUCCUGAAUGAUAAUGAAUGGCCCUCGAAAACCCCUGGAUUCAAGGAAACCAUGACAGAGUACAGGACAGAACUGAAGAAACUAGCUGAGAGGAUCAUGGAAGUGAUGGAUGAGAACUUGGGCCUACCAAAGGGAUACAUCAAGAGAGCAUUCAAUGGUGGAGAAGAAGACAAUGCCUUCUUUGGCACCAAGGUGAGCCACUACCCACCAUGCCCUCAGCCAGAGUUGGUGACUGGUCUCCGAGCUCACACCGAUGCCGGGGGUGUCAUCUUACUCUUCCAAGAUGACCAGGUGGGAGGCCUUCAAAUCCUCAAAGAUGGGCAAUGGAUAGAUGUGCAGCCAUUGCACAACUCUAUUGUCAUUAACACAGGGGACCAAAUUGAGGUCCUGAGCAAUGGCCUCUACAAGAGUGUUUGGCACCGGGUUUUAGCCACCACAACUGGAAACAGAAGAUCAAUUGCUUCAUUCUAUAACCCAUCACUCAAGGCCACCAUAGCUCCUGCACCACAACUGGUGGAGAAAGCAAACCAAGAAGUGGAUCAAGCAUAUCCCAAGUUUGUGUUUGGUGACUACCUCUCUAUAUAUGCUGAGCAGAAGUUCCUCCCCAAGGAACCAAGGUUCCAAUCUGUGAGGGCCGUGUGAGAAAUUAUAGGACUCAUGUGGACAAAAAGAAAAAAGAAUACUUCAGUUUCUCUCUCUUUCUUUUUUUCCUUUUUUUAAUUUUAUUUUUUUGGGGUGCUUAAUUAUAAUUACUACAUACUCGCUCAUCUCUCACUCUUAACUAAAACUCUGUAUGGGAGGAGAAAGCUGAAGUGGGUGUAAGUCUGUCUGCGCUUCAUAUUUCUCUAUAUCUUUCUUGUUAUGUAAUGCUGCUAAUAGUGUGCUCCACUUGGGAUGUGCUCUGUAAAAUAGUAAUAUAAUGGAUUGCAAUCUUAAAUAUUGCUGGU